AUGGCAUCGGAAUCAGCUGUGACUGAAAAAAAUCUUGUUGAUUUUCACACGAUGAAAAAUAUGUGGAAUGAUGCUGGUGAUUUGACAAAGAUUCCAGAUGUACUCAAAUUCAAAAGUUUGAACUCUUUGACAAGUCUGGAUUUGAGUGUCUUGGAAGAUUUCAAGGAGGGAAAGGACGCGUCAAGUUCGUUGGAGUCACUCAAAACAGCAUCCAAGAAUUCUGUGGAAAAAAUGAACAAAGACAAUGUUCUUAACAUUUUGAAAGAGAUGUCGCCGUUUCAUAAGUUUGCUCAGUUGAUGGAGUAUUACGACAAUGCAAAAGUUAAUGCAAUCCAAAACACAGAUGUUUCAAUCACUGCUCUUUUGAAACAAGACUUGCUGGAGCUUCAAAGUUUGGUUGGUGGAACAGGGUCUGUCAUCUCUACAUUGAGUGAAAUCGUGUCUUCUCGUUCGGGUAGCAACGAUAUCAAUCGGCAACACACAGCUGGUCUCGUCAAUGGAUACCUUGAUCUUAAGGAAAUUAUAAAAGAUUCUGAAGAGGCCUGGCUACAGAAAGCUAUGAAACAGUUCAAUGGAAAAGGAGGAUUGUCGGUGUUCAAUGGAUUGGCAGAAACGAUGAACUUACUGCAUGAGAAAUGGAAGGUAGCAAAACAGGAAAACACUAAAAGAUCUUUACAAUAUGGCAAGAAGUUAGAAACCAACUUGCAAACACUCAAUUAUGACAAGGACUCUAUCGACACAUUGAUCACCACAUUCCAAGGAUGCCCAUUUGGGGCAGUUAACGAUGGAUACACAAAAAUGGACAAAGAAUGUUGGAAGAGAAGAAUUUUUCGUGAGCAUGGCUAUGUAUCCAAAAGAACAAUUCAUCAAAACUGGAGAAUCAAAAGAAAGAGAGUUGCGACUGUUCAAGAUGAUAACGAUGAUAUUGAUGCAAGAGAAAAUGAAGAAGACCUCGGUACAGAGGUUGACGACGAGCCAAUCUACGAUUACUUCAUGGAACAACAAGAUGUUUCAAUUAAGGAGAAAUUUGACCGGGAAGAUGCGCUGAACAUUGUGUCUUCCGUUUUCGUGUACAACAACAUCUUUGUCCCGCUCGGUCAUGAUAUUUUCAGCGUUUCCAGAUUGCUGAAAGAGUUUCCAUCGAUUACGUUAACAGAUGUGAUGAAAAAAGUGGAUAAAUGGUCGGAGCAUGAGAAUAGAAGUUACACUAAGUGCAGUUCAUGUGGUCAUUUGCUCUCACAACAGAACAAUUGUAGAAACGAAGAGUGUCUUCGUGUUGGGAAGUCACAGACGAAUUUAGCGGGAGGAACAAGAAUUUUGACAUUUUCACUCAAGAACCAAUUGAAAGAGAUCUUGGAGUCUGGUGAUUUUGGAUUUGAGAACCGAGAGUUUCAUUCAUCUUCACUAUGGAAAAAGCUUUCUACAACCCCGAAGUAUUUGUCAAGGCUUCGUCAAGCCCAGGAUAAUCAUCCCAAUGUUACCACCAUGUUUCUAACAAUUAAUAUGGAUGGUUUUCGUAAACGAGGAUUGGCCCGUGGUGAAUAUUGGCCUCUUUAUGUAGCUGCCAACGAUUUGAACAGAAGCGAGUGGGGAUAUGCGGAAUACAGGCCGGAAGUCGUGAUGCUCUCUUCUAUGAUUCACAGUGGGAAAACAAUUGAAAGUGAUGACUUCUGCUCUGCAUUCGAGCGUCUCAGGCUAGAAGUGGAAGAAACACAAAAGUAUCCAUUUGAUGUAGUUAUCAAAGGGAUUCAGUAUAAGAUUCGUUUGGAAAUCUAUCAGACCGUUUUAGACAUGGAUGCAUCGAAAAAGAUUCAUGGAGUUCCGGUCUGGCAAUCGUAUGGUUCCUGCUCGAGAUGGGACGCUGUCGGUACACGGAUUAAAACAAAGAAAGGAUCUAAAGUUGCCUGGUUGUUAGAACAGAACACCAAGGAGUACGAUAAUUCUUAUUUUCCAAAAAAAUUAAAGCAAUCUUGUCUUCCUGCUCCAUGGACAGAAGGAUAUGAUUGCCUACACCUCAUUAACGAAGGCACGUCGAGAGAUGUAAUGAGAAACCUUCUAGCAGGCGGAAGCAAAUAUAAUGUGAAAAUUCAUAGUACAGUCAAUGCGGAAUGGGCGAAAUCACUGAACAGUGCGAAAAGUCCGAAAGGAAUGAGCAGUACCAUGCUCAUGGAUCCAAUUCAACUUUCAACAAGGACUGGAGUCGAAGUGCAGAACCUGUUCAAUGUUUCUGUUCCAGCACUCAUCGUGUUGCACGAUGAAGGAGAACAGUGGUUAUUCUUUCUUUAUCUUCAAUGGUUGAUAACUCGUUUGAUUGUGGAUCCCCGAUUAUCAGCUUCUCAAUGUCGAAUCAUCAAAGAAGUAGCUCCCGUAGUGAAAAAAAUGAUGUCUUCUCAUUAUCCACAAUUUGGGACUAUGAAACAACAUUUUGUAUUGGACCACAUGGUGGAAAGUUUGGAAAAAGACGGAAGUCCUCUUCUCUCAAGCGCUGCUUCAUUCGAAAGAAUAAAUCAAGUACUUGGACGGGGAUCGUCGGUUUAUACCACAAGAACAGUCGUCAACAUGGCAAACAGAUUCAUUGCUUUACAAAGAGCUGUAUCGCAAUGUUGUUUGGCAAUAAAAAAAAAUUGA